AUGUUCAUAAGAGAACGAAUGGAGUUCUUCUACAUUUUCAAUGUCGCUAGUGGACACCGUUUUCACGUGGAGUUGUCGCCCCAUUGGACAACCCUUCAACUCCAAGAAACUAUUCGACAUUUGACCGGUAUUCGAAUUGAUGAUCAGGUUCUGCUCAGGUCGGGUGGAGAGAUUCUGGAUAGCGAUGAGCUUAUUCAGUGUGCUUGUCCUUGUAACAAUGCCGACGAUCCAGUUUAUCUUUUUCAACGGAGCAGUCGUUACGAUAAAGAGGACAAUCGAGUUUGGGAACAGGAAAUUAACGAGAUAACCAGCAUCAUUGACAUUUCUAUUGAAAAUGCCAUUCGACUCGAGCAGAAUUCGGAUAUGCACAGCGUCUAUUUGGGAAUUCCACAACGAGCGCGUGAAUGUCGCGCCGCUUCGCAGACCGCUAUUCAUUCAUGUGCUCGUUUUGCAGAAGAGCACCGUUUAAUUCACCAGGGAUGGUUGGCCUUAGUGAAUAAUAUGGAUAAUUCCAUUACACGCCUUAGAAAGCGAGCUGCACGCUUCCAGCAUCAAGUUGAAAAGUAUAGAGUGUCCGAUUCGCUACGAAACGAGCGAGAAUCCUGCAUGUUUGUACUGAUUCAGGUUCAACAACAAAAGGAAAAAGCAGCUGCCCUCCUUCAAGGUUUCGAGGAAGUCAUGAGGGAACUCAAGCAGAUCCGCAUUCCGGGUUCACUUUUGGCUCAUUCUCGUGGUAAUUCCGAUGCUUCUCAUUCUGAUAUCUCUUUGUACGCAUGGAUUUCCGCUUCUGACCCAGAACACACUCUCCGGGAACUCGUUGAGCAAGUGGACGAACAGCUAAAAAAUUUUGGUAAAAUGGAUGCCAACUCUACUGUGCAGAACAUUGAAAAAGUAGUAGAAUUAUCAAAGGACACGUAUGAUCGGUUACAUCACGCCAAUAACGAAGUUCUUGUAUUUGAGGAGAAGUUCACAGGAUUAAAACAGCGGCUGGAUCUCGUUAGACAAAUUAAGGAAGCACCUAUGAUCUAUACUACGGCUGUUAGCGAAGUGGUUCGUCGAACUACGUUCAAUAAAGAAUUCACUUCGUGGCAUGCACUACAUGUCGAAAAAUCCGCUUUGUUUUCUGAGGAAGAAUCAAGAAUCCGCUUGCAAUUUUCUACUAAGAUGGAAAAACAUUUCCUUCGCGUACUUUUCCAAGGUAUGUUCGACAAUCUGCCAUUGUUUUAUAUUAAAUCGCUGCCGAAGUUUGACGACUAUCUACCUCCAAUCGAUGUGAAUUAUCUAAGGGAGUUGGCAAAUAACGUCGAAGAGUUGAAACAGUACAUGAAGAUGCCGAGUCCUCAAGUAUUUGUUCGUCUUGGUGUCAGGGAUCCUUCCAUACCAUCUCCCGUUCUACCUCAUGUAAUGCGACGAGAAGAAAGCUUUUUUACCGCAGAUGUAGCUUUUUCGCUAUCAACUUUGACUCGUAAUUUUUCCAGUACAAACUGGCUAAGUACUGACGAUGGUGUGGAUUCGUCUCCAUCUGCCCUAACAACUAUACUAAUGACAAAAUCCCCUCCGUCAAGGAUCGGCUCGUCCUCCAGUUUGAACAUGCCAACGCCGUCACUAAAUCAGCUUUCCAUGCUUGGAGAGGAGGACGAGCUUCCCUCUACGUCAUUGGCAAAGAGUGCACCGAUACAAAUCCCUACCCCACAACCAAGACAAAUGUCAGAAAAAUCUAGCCAGUUUAGCACACCGGAUGACCAUUUCAAUACCACAGAUCCAAUUGAAGAACGGCAGUUUACGGUCGACGACCUCAUCAGCCGGUCACAGUCUUUCAAUGAAACGCUGAAACCUACUGUUGUGGAAAUACUUUCCAUUUCGAAGGAUAUGCUUGCUUUUCGUGCUGACUUGAUAAGGAAUUUCGAUUAUUUUAAAGAAAACUACACAAAACUUGAGGAGUUAGUUGGUCACACUCUCACGGAACGGGUCCGCCAAACUGUUGACUCAUUCGAGACAAAAUUGGCGGAGGUUAAAGAGGAGAAUGGUGUCCUCAGUGCUACGUUGGCGAAGCGGGAUAGUGACUUCGAAAAUCUUCGAGUUCUUCAUGAGGAUCAGACUGCAUUAUGGUCUAAUGAACUCGCUACGAAGAAUGCAGAACUAGAUAAGCUGCGGAAUGAAGCAGAGACUCUUGAGGCUAAGGUAAAAACCGUUAAAAGCGAAACAUUCAAAGAGGGUAUAAUAGCAAUGGAGCUUGAGAAAAAUCGUUUAAGUACUGAGUACGAAGAAAUUAUUGAGGCUAAAGAUGCUGAAAUUCGUCAACUAUUGAAAGAAUUGGAGAAAAAGUCUGCCGAAAUUGCGCGUCUUCAAUCUGAUCCACAAAGCGAAGCCUUCAGAAGGAAUGUAACUGCGGAGAUACGUAGUGAACUUGAAAAAGAUUCAAAGAAUAAACUUGACUUGUUGACGAAAGGUAUUGUGCAGAAGAAAGAUGAAGUUCUUACAAGGAUCAUGAAGGAAAUGCAGUACGAAGCCAAACUUUCACAGCAGGAGUUUAACUUCUCUUUGAAGUGGUUAGUGGCUGAACGUGACCGCCUCAAGGAUUAUAUCAUCAAAAAUUCAUCGGAAGGUCGUGCGUUUUGCGAGGCUGUGCAGAAUGAGAUUCAAUCCGCCAUAGCUUCAUCUGAAGGAUCACUAAAAUUUGUUUAUGGCACUUCGAUUGCUACACAAACUGAGGUUCCACAACUUCUAUCUGAAGGUGAAAAAGUGUACACAAGCCAGCCUGAAGACAUGAGGGAGAGUGCUUUAGCUUUUGAGUGCUUACCUGAGCUACUUGAAUCUGCGGGUGUUUCCGACUAUUCGUCGUGUAGUAACAACCAAAGAAAUGAAGUUCAGAUCCAAACAAAAAUAAGCUUACAAUCCAUGGAUCGAAUGAUUGCUAUUCAAGACAUUGAUAUAGGUUCCACUGUAAUAGCUAUAUGGAACAAUGAACACAACUCAUACAUGUUGUUUAGUUCGUCUAGCUACAAUUAUUUUGUGAAGGAGUCAUCCGUACUUCGUCUUGGUCUUUCCACCGAACUUUCCAAUGUCCCCCGUCGAAACUGGAUUCUUGCGAAAGUUUCUCGUUUGGAGUUUUGCAUUGUUCGAAAAGCAGAUAAUAGGUAUCAUCUUCCUGUUAACACCAAGAUGUAUCGUGUUGAAGUGAAGCCUGUGGAUCCGUAG